AUGGGUACUAAGCUUGCCCCUACAUUCAAUGCGGAUACGUUUGCUGUUAAAGCACGCGCUAGUAGCAUUGCUAUUGCACCAGAAGAAGAUGCUAUAAUGAGUUCCGACGAUGACGUCUAUUCCAAGGUGGACCUGUCAUCCACAAGAGACACUAGAGAAUCAACUCCACCCACCCCGAAAGGGAAGAAGAAGAAAACAAAAUACAUCUCACGAGCACCCAUUGCCACAGACAUUUCCACAUUCAUUCCAGUCACAGGAGAAAGACCGCGACCCGAGCAAAAGGACCAUCCUGCAUUUGAAGACGAGGUUUUAUACCAAAUAUUCUUGAUACUUUGGGAAAGCAACGAAGGAAUCACCGUGAAGGAGAUCUGUCAGCAUCUUGAGCAAGACGUGAGCAACUUGAGCACAAAGGUGUCAAACCUUGUUUCGGCAAAGAUGAAUGCGUAUAUCAAGCGAUUAGAACGCGGUGAUGCAACUUUAAAAUACGCAAUCUCACGUGCAUGGAGCAGCAACUCGCCCAAGCGAAUGGUUUAUGCGUACAGGGGGCUCUUGGCGCCAGGCUGGGAAGCUGAAGCAAGAAAGUUGAGUGAAAAGGAAAAGAAGGUUGAGUUUGAGAAAGAGGUGAGCUUUGAAACGGAAAAUGUAAAGGACACAAUGAUGGCGACAGGAGCAGCACAACAAUCAACGGUAGCGGCAACACCAGCAGCAGCAGCAACAGCAGCAACAGCAACAUCAGCAGCAACAGCGGCAACAGCGGCAACGGCAGCAGCGGCAGCAGCGGCAUUACCAUCAUUAACAGCCACAACCAGUUUCAAAGGUAUAGAGAACUUCCACUUAUGUGUGCCAACCACCACCCCCGGGUUCUUACUAACCAGGAGUACGACUAGGGACUCUGUUGAAAAUUUGGAUGAAGAGGAUCUGUUAGUAACAGUUGCAUCAGCUGCGCGGCGCGGAUCUAGAGCUUUCAGUCUACAUAGUGCAGAUGCUGCUGCUGGAGGUGCUGCGCUCCAUGCAUCAGCGUGCAGAGCAGCAUCCAUCAGCUUUGAUGCAGAGCAUUUGAAAUGGUUUAGAUCUGGGUUUGUCGAUAUUGGCGCCCCCGAGGAUGUGAACUUGUCCGAUUUGGAUCGAUUCUUUUAG